GAUGGCGCGCCGCGCUGCUUUAUAAUGAGCUGGUGGCCGCGCAGCCGGCCAUUCAAGGGCUGCACGCCCUCAGUGCCGUCGCCCGUUCCGGAGAGCAUUGAAAAGACAGGGAGCAUCGACUGGACACAGGACUCCGGGGACAGCGGCCGCACAGGACUCCAGAGACAUCGGCCCGACACGACUUGAUUCCCGAGGUUCAGCCAUGAUGAUCAGCAUAGCAGUCGUGUUUCUAUCGCUGGGCACAGCGCUCGCCGCCCCGUCCGACCCGCUGCUGGAGAGCGUGCUGCGCCUCAAACGUCAGCUGCAGCUCCGGCACAGCCACCUGUCACCGGCCGCCGGCCGCGCGCCUCGGCUCUCCAAGCAGCUGGAGGACCUCAGCCCGCCGCCAGCGGACCUCCCGCUGAGCGGCCGCCGAGUACGGCUGGUCGGCGGCGCCGGGCCGUGGCAGGGCGUCGUCCAGGUCUACUUCGCCUCCGCCUGGCGCUCGGUCGUCGCCAACCGGUGGACUGAGGACGAGGCUGCCGUCGUCUGCCGUCAGCUGGGACACGUCAGCUACUUCCGGGAGGCGCCGUUGCCGACUGCCGAUCUCACAAACUCCAGCGUCGCUGCCGACCCGGCCCCGGUGGGCAUCCACAAGUGCUCGGGCCGCGAGGCCUCACUGCUCGACUGCGAGAAGGCCGACGUGGACAGUCCGCCGCGCCCCGUUCAGGUCAACUGUCUGGCCGAGGACGACCUGUCGUCGGGCCGGCGCUGUCCCUCGUCCCAGGUGCCGUUCGGCGACAGCUGCUACUACAUCGGCCGCGAGCGGCAGACCCGGCUCAAAGCCGAGCUCGACUGCCGGCGCGUCAAAGGCACAUUGGCGGUCAUUAACUCCCAGCUCGAGAAUGAUUUUUUGAGUGGCCUGAUGAGCUCCAACGACCUGAAGGGCAUCCACACCGCCGGCCGGGGUCGUCGCAUUGCCAGGAACUCAAUCAUCUGGAGCUGGGAUGGAUCCAACGCGCCCUUCUCCUUUACAAAAUGGAAUCCAGAUGAGCCGCCGGCGGCCGUCGGAGUGCAGCAGCGCUGCCUCACGCUGGAGGCGCCCGGUGCCGGCACGACCGUCGCCGCCGAGCCCGACUACGGCGUCUGGAGGUCAUCCGACUGUAGCCGCAGUCUGCCGUACGUCUGCGAGAUCCGGCGCAACUGGACCGACUGCGCCCGGCCUGUUCCCGGCAGCUUCAUUAGCUCAAAGACGACCACCGAGUGGGGUCGGACGUGCCUGCCGUGGUCCGAUGUGACUGGCGUGCCGGGCCUCAGCAGUGCCGUUCUCCGCGAAAACUACUGCAGCAACCCGGACGGCGACGAGCGGCCCUGGUGCUUCGUCUCGCCCGACGAGUUCGAGUACUGUUCGGCGUAUGACUGCCCGCCGCUGCUGCCACCACCACCCGCUCCGAAAGACAACUACACCUGCCACAGCCUUCAGUUCGCCUGCGGCGACGGCCGGUGCGUCAAAAUAACGUACGUCUGCGACGAGGAUCCGGACUGUGCCGACGGCAGGGACGAGGCCGUCUGUGAACAUUUUCCAUCCAGCUUUCAGAGUUUCGUAGGAUACACCGCCAAAGUCGAUGAUGUGACUGGGAUCGUCUCGCGAGAAGGCAACGUCGGUGAAAAAACGUGCCAGUUUCUGUGUUUGGCCGACCCGUCCUGCUAUGCCGUGAUGUACGAAAUACUCAUCAAAAACUGUCUACGCAUCACGACACCGCUAGGUCCACGACUCCGGCUGAAAAAUAACUUGGCCGCGCUCACCAACGUGCACGUGGUGCUGGACCGGCACACGCCGUGCGUCGGCCACCGGUGCGACGACUUCCAGUGUCUGAACAGGACGGACGUCCGGUGCGACGGCGUCGUCGACUGCGAGGACAUCUCUGACGAGCUGCACUGUGCCGCUGUCGCGUCCGUGCCGCUGCGUCUGGUGGACGGCGCCGCCGCCGGCUCCGGGCGACUUGAGGCCCAAUACCUAGGCCGCUGGGGUAGCGUCUGUGACGACGGCUUCAAUAAUCGCGCCGCCGAUGUGGCCUGUCGGCAGUUGGGCUUCCAACGACACCGACGCCUGUUCAAGAACGGUCGCGGCUACCCGGCCGGUGCCGGCGCCGAUUCAAACUUUUCCAUAUCGUUUUCGGUGUGUGACGGCGAUGAGGAGCAGCUGGCCGACUGUGUGCUGCUCUACAAGGAGGACCGCUGCAUCGCUGGCGAGCACGUCAGCCUCGAGUGCACCGACGAGCCGGGCCUGUGCACCCUGUUUCAGAACUUCUUCGAGUGUCUCGACAGCUCGGACUGCGUCGCACCGUCACAGAUGUGCGACGGCGAGGCGCAGUGCUCGGACGGCAGCGACGAGUCGGAGGAUGUGUGUCCCAAACAGCAAGUGCGGCUGCAGCGGGACCUCCCCGGCCGACCGGCUGCCGUCGAGGUCAAACCGAAAGGCUCAGAAAGGCCGUUCCUGAGCGUCAUCAACCUGCCGUUCGGGGACCGCGAGGCCAACUAUUUGUGCGGCGCCCUCGGCGGCGGCCCGUACGGAGUGCCCAUGGAGGACGUCGGCCUGCUGCCGGAGCGGGAACUGGCCGCUCAGCUGGUGUGCGGCGCAGACGACUGCGUCAUUCACUCGACCACGCCCAGCGCCGGGGCGCACGCGGCCCGCCUGCGCUGCGAGUCGACGCCGCCGCAGCCGGCAGAGCUGCGCCUGGUCGGCGGCGACGAGCGCAGCGGGAUACUGGAGCUGCGGCCGCCGCGGGCCGACUGGGGACGCGUCUGCGCCGCCAGCUUCACAGACGCCCAGGCCCAGGUGGUUUGUCGUCAGCUGGGAUUCAGCGGCGAAGCCAUGUUUUUGGAGAUUCCGAGGGACCCCAACAGCACUGUGAGCCUGCGAGCGAUGGACUGUCUGGGCCACGAGAGCAGCAUUGCUGAGUGCGUCCGGCUGCCCUGGAUCAACACGGAUGAACCGGAGGUGUGCGGUGACAGUGGUGAGGCGUACGUCUCCUGUGACGGCGCGGCGUCACGGGAUGUUCCGGCCCAGCAACUGACGGCCCAGUGCGCCGCGCGCGACGCCGACCUCAGCCGAGUUCUGAACGGCGAGACCGGCCAGGUGCCCGCCUACGCGCAGCUGCAGAUCAUUGUGCUCAGCAAGUGGAAGACGCGCUGCGGCGCCACCGUGCUCAGCGAGCGCUUCCUGCUGACGGCCGCCCACUGCGUCCAGCCGACGCGGACGGAGCGGCUGAGCGGCGUGAAGGAGCUGACCGUGUCGCGGCUGUCGGCCCUGCUCGGGGACGGCACGCGCGCGGCCGUGCGCCGCGUCAUCGCCCACCCCGGCCACCGGAUGCUCGGCGACAACACCGACGACCUGGCACUGGUGGAGCUAGAGCGCGAGCUGACCUUCUCGGCCACCGUGCAGCCGGCCUGCCUGCCGCCCGAGGACGCCCCCUACUCGCCCGAGCUGGCGUGCUCGGUGGCCGGCUUCGGCAGCACGCGGCCCUCCUUCGGCACCGCUGCAGAUGUCGGGUCCUUUGUGGCGGCCGACACGCUGCAGGUCGCCAACGUCACCUUCUUCACGCGCGAUGAGUGCGAGACGUUCUACGGGCGCUACAACGUCACGCUGGGCACGGUGUGCGCCGGCGACGCUCAGUUCCGGGUGGACACGUGCGUGGGUGACUCGGGCGGCCCGCUGUUCUGCCGACUAGGCGACUCGGUCACCCUCAUGGGCGUCACCAGCUGGGGCAACGGCUGCGGCCGGAAGGACCAGCCGGGCGCCUACAUGCGCGUCGCCUCAUACGUCCGAUGGAUCCAGGAGGUGGUGCAGGCCGCAUCAAUCGCCUGAGCCUAGGGUGGAAUUCGCUGAGGUUUUCUUGGGGUCCGUCACUAGACCAAGACCAGCCACCGCGGGCAGCGACUGGUCUGAGCUCAGGUGUCGGACCGGUACUGGAGGGCAUUCGCGCAGAUCAGAGCCGCUGCACGGCACCCGCACUGCGUGCAGAGCGGCAUUGUUUUGGGGCUCAUUUAUACUCAUGGGACGUCGGUUAGAUUGUGUACAUAUCAGGACGACGGAUAUAGGUUUAGCGUGUGAUGUGUUUACACAGAGUUUCUGGUAGUCAGAUAGGGACAUUACUAAGGCCAAGUCACUGCUUAGUGCUUAGACAUCAUAGGUACAUAUACAACAGCGUCCAGUAAUAAUAUUACGUAAAGUAGGUAUGUGUCUGUUGUGCCUUUUUACAACAUUACGUGACUUAUUGCACAAUUGUGUCUACCGCUUGCUACUCUAUCAGUGUUUUUAUUUGCCACGAUCUGGUUAUUUCUGCGUUUCAAAUAAAUACUCACGCUCA